AUGAUGGAAAUAGUCAAUGGCUUCACGUACCUGGGUCAUAUUGCGACAGAAGACCUCAAGGAUGAGGAAGAUAUAGAGAGGGAGCGCAGUUCACCAUACUGCUGGGACAAUUUCUAUGCUAUCAUGUGUAAAAUGUCCACACCAAUAGUACGAAGAGUGAGGGGUAGCAGCAACCAGAUCCUGAAGAUGAUAGCAGACAAGAUGGAUGCAGCACUGUUCUGGAGGGGAUCUUCCGGCGUCGGAGGUGUCCUUAAUCAUGCCGCGGUAUCCCUAGGCAUGCCGCAGUGUCGCGACAUGGUGCUCGCGCCUGACUUCUCUUCAGCUCUCUACUCCCCUCGCAUUGCAUACCCAUACAGUCGCACUCGGCGUCCCAAAAGCGUCCUAAAGGAGGCCAAAGCAAGGCUGUUGAAACAUUACGAGGGCGGCCGGUUCUGCAUCCCUGACCAUGUGCCGCAGCUUUUAUUUAUAGUCAAAUCCCAGUAUAUUGCGACCCGUGUAGUGGAAGGAUCACCAACUACAAUAACACUGUACCCCAUAGUGGCCCAAUUUCUUUUGGACCCGUGGGGCGAUCACCAGUUUACACAGCAUUGCGCUGGUGUGAUCCUAACUUCUCGCCACAUCAUCUCCACCGCACAUUGCUUCCAGUAUAAUUAUAAUACAAUGAAAAACUACACGAAUCCAAAGUACUGGAGAAUCCGGGUGGGUUCGUCCUAUCGCUCUUCGGGAGGUGCCAUAUACAGCCUUAAGAAAAUCAUAACACAUCCAGAUUUUGACAGAUUUUAUUACACCAAUGAUGUAGCUGUUGUAGUUGUGACUAAGAAGUUUGCCUUUAGCAACAGUGUUGCGCAAGGCACGAUAGCAAAAUACAACAGUGAACUCAGAGAUGGUGUAUUGUGUACGCUGAUUGGAUGGGGAUCUAUGGAGAGUACAGGUCCACAAUCCGAGCAACUACAGCAAACCAUGAUGUUCACUAUCAACCAAGACGAGUGUCGACAACGAUAUAAAAGACUUGGCACUGCCAUUGUUGAUUCUAUGUUAUGCGCCGGAAAGUUAGAUAUUGGAGGAGCUGAUGGUUGUUUUGGAGAUUCUGGAGGACCCCUCAUUUACAAAAGAGUGGUCGUCGGUUUGGUUUCGUUCGGCUUCAACUGCGGUCAUCGGUAUUAUCCUGGUGUUUAUACAAAAAUUGGACACUUUACAAAUUGGAUUGUGAACACUAUUGAUAAUAAUAAAUAGAAAAAUUGUAGGAUACCUA